AUGUCCGUCCGUACCAUCUACAACGCAGCGAAGGACUACUGGCUACCGGACAUUGAUCCUUUAUCGCUGAUCUUUGACUACCCAUUGAGCUUAUCCACCGAUGAUACCGUGUUGCAUAUCGAAGCAGGGAACACAGCGAAUUGCGUGACAAAAGCCCAAUGCCGAACAUAUACCAAAAGAAUUGCUCACGCUCUGCGUGAGGGAUAUGGUAUCGGGGCCAAUUCCGCAGGGAAAGAUGUCGUUGCCUGCAUCUCGUCUGGGCAAGUCCUGUUACCUUCGGUGUUCUAUGGGGUUAUCGCCGCAGGAGGGGUCUACAGUGCAGCUAGCUCCAGCCUCACGGUAGCAGAACUGGCACGGCAGUUAGAACACGGUGGUUGUCAGUUGUUGAUCACGAGCCAAGACUGCAAAAGUAUCGCGUUGCAAGCAGCAGAAAAGUGCGCUAUGUCGCCGUCAAGGGUGUUGGUCCUAGACAGUCGGGGAGGGAAGCGUCAUCUGGCGGCUUGUUCCCAGGAAACUAUCAAUUUACUAGAACAAUAUCCAGGCCAGCUGCAGUGGGAGAAGGUUUCAGAUCCGGCUAUCCUCAAAAGCCGCACCAGCUGCUUGAUAUACAGCAGUGGUACAACGGGCGAGCCCAAAGGUGUAAGGAUCUCCCACCAGAACCUGGUAUCCUCCGCCAUGGUGAAUCUAUUCACCUAUCGGGAUUAUAUAUCCCGUCAGAAAACAAGGUCUGCGGAUUUCCACCCGGAAUACCGCACCAUUGCACAUCUCCCCGCUGCUCACAUUGCCGGUUGCCAGGGCUAUUUUAUUCAGCCAGCGUUGUGUGGUGGAGCAGUGUACUGGAUGCCGAAGUUUGACUUCCAGAAGUUCCUCGCCUACUGCAAAGAGUACCGCGUCACGUUCUUCUUUACAGUACCCCCGAUAUUCCAGCUGAUUGUACAGAGCUCGUUUGUUACAGACCAGUUUCAAUACCUAAUCCACGCAGUCUCCGGUGCAGCUCCCAUGGGCCCUGACCUCGUGAAAAAGUCGGAAAGCAAACUGGGCUGUGCAGUAACUCAAACAUGGGGUCUUAGUGAAACCACAGGCAGCGUUACCGUCUCGCCGUGGGACGCCCAUAUAGCAGAUGGCAGUGUCUCCCCUCUGGUUGCAAACAUCCGACUACGGGUUGUUGAUGAUUCUGAAAAUAACGUGAGUGAGGGGGAAAUAGGCGAGUUUGUAGUUCAAGGCCCAAUGGUUACUCAGGGAUACUGGAACAAUCAAAAGGCCUCUAAAGAGAGCUUUACUGCAGACGGGGCCUGGUUCAAAACGGGAGAUUUGGGUUAUUGCAUGGACGGUAAAAUUUUCAUUGUUGACCGGAAGAAGGAAAUGAUCAAGUAUAAAGGGCUCCAGGUAGCACCAGCGGAGCUGGAAGCGCUUCUACUCUCCCAUUCGCAUAUUCGGGACGCUGCUGUGGUUGGCGUCCCUGAUCCGGAUAUGGAGGGGAAUGAACUUCCUAGGGCGUAUGUGGUGGCAGACCCAAGUCAGGUAACGGAGACUAUGAUCAAAGGAUUUGUGAAAGCCAACUUGGCCUCUCAUAAACAAUUACGAGGCGGCGUGGUUUUCCUUGAAGCGAUCCCAAAAAGUCCGACUGGAAAGAUACUAAGAAGGCAGCUAAGGGACGUAGCGAAAGCUUCGAGAGGACUGAAACUGUAG